UUAUUCAUUCAACAACCACAAGUAUAUCUCAUACCAAAUUCGGAACCAUGACCAUGGAAGCUUGCAGUGUUUCUCCUACGAUUUUCUUCACCAUCUUCUCCAUUAUCGUUUCUGUGUUCAUCGCUUUCUCAAAUGCCCAGACGGUUCCGGCCAUUUACAUAUUUGGAGACUCCCUAUUGGAUGUUGGUAACAACAAUUACCUUACCAUCUCUGUGGCCAAGGCAAAUUUUCCUCACAACGGUAUCGAUUUUCCGACCAAGAAAGCAACCGGGAGGUUUUGCAAUGGCAAGAAUGCUGCAGAUUUUCUGGCUGAGAAAGUAGGAUUGCCAACUUCCCCACCAUAUCUGUCGCUUGUAUCAAAAUCUAAUAAGCAAAAGGGGUCCUUCGAAGCUGGAGUAAGCUUCGCCUCUGGAGGGGCUGGAAUCUUCAACGGCACCGAUGAUGAAUAUCGUCAGUCACUACCUUUGACAAAACAAAUAGGCUACUAUUCACAAGUGUGUGAAGAACUUCGGCAACAAUUAGGAGCUCAAGCUGCCCAAGACCAUCUAUCGAAAUCUCUACAUGUCGUUCUUAUUGGAAGCAAUGACGUUUUCGGCUACUUAGAUUCAUCCAGCACCCAAAAGCAAUACACACCGGACCAGUAUGUGGAUUUGAUGCUGUCUACUCUUAAACAACACUUACAGAGAAUACACAGUCUUGGUGCACGAAAAUUUGUAAUUCUCGGGACUGGACCCGUUGGAUGUUGUCCAGCACGAAGGGAUGAUAAAACAGGAGAGUGCAAUGAAGUAGGAAACUCCAUCUCUGCAAAGUAUAGUGAUGGCCUCAAGUCAAUGAUGCAGCAAUUGAAACCGGCACUGGGCAUAAACUACUCCUUCUUCGAGACUUAUGGCAUCUUCCGUAACAUCGACCAGAAUCCAUCAACUUACGGAUUUAAUGAGACUAAAGCUGCAUGCUGUGGCCUCGGGUAUCUUAACGCAAAGGCUCCUUGUAUACCAGUUUCAUCCUACUGCUCCAAUAGAAGGGACCAUAUGUUCUGGGAUUUUUACCAUCCUACAGAGGCAACUCACAAAAUCUUGGUGGAACAUCUUUUUGAGGGUUCCACAUACACAGUCCCAAUGAAUGUGAAGAAUUUAGUUUCUCUCUGAAACCUCAAGAACCCCUUAUGUAAUCAGAAUGUACAGAAAGAAAGAAAGAUAUAUAAGAUUUGGAAACCACCUUAUACUAA